CACGUACCUUGGUUGAGGCCCCCCAGCGUCAAGCGCGAAAAACCUCUGCCCAUACAAAAUCUGCCAUCUAAACGGUCGCAGUUCUGAAUCUCUCCUCACCAUGUUUUCGCGCACAAUCAAGCGGUAUAUGCAGCCGCCUUUCCGGUGUCCUGGCUCGCGCUGCUCUGUUUCCUUUGCUCAAGCAAUUUUGCUUCGGCUAUGUGCGCAGCCUUUUCGCCCAGCUUUUGGUUCGUUCCACGCCGCAUUCGCCAGCAACAUGUCCUCCAACGCCACCCAAAUACCUUUAAAACCGAUUGCUGGGCCGCAGCCGCUGCCCCUCGGGACGAAUAUUGCUUCCCUUUCGGGCAAUUCCUACGUUGUUGACGAGGUUUUCCGAUACCGGUGCGAAAGGGACGUAGCUAUCGGCGUAUACCGCGCAACCUCCGAAGGCACCCGCUAUGUCAUCAAGGACAUCUGGCCCGGCCAGUUUGACCGUUUGGUCAAGCUGAACAAACUCGUGGAGCAUUCACCCCACGUCAGGACCGCCGUCGAUAUAAUUCCCGACCGGCAGAUGCUUGUCUUCCCUCAUCGCAAUCUGGACUUGCUCAGUGCCAACCCCGCGGCCAUUCCCGCUGCUGCAAAAAAGGGCAUCAUUAGGGAUGCUCUUUCGGGCCUGGCAGCCCUGCACGACAAGCGAAUCAUUCAUACAGACAUCAAACCCGACAAUAUAAUGCUGGACUAUAUAAAGCAUCCCGACAACUCACACGAAUUUCGCAAUGUCCAAAUCACCGACCUCGAAGACGCGUUUGCAAUUCCCGACGAUGCGCCCGGGGUCACCGGCCGCACUUAUGGGAGCCCCUACUGGAGAAGCCCCGAGUCGUGGGCCAAGGCGUGCCAAGAUGUUUCAUCCGACAUCUUUUCCUUUGGCCUUUUUGCAAUCCGCGUUUGGAUAGACUUCAUGGUCCUUCACAUGAAAGGGGUCAAAGACGCGCCUUUGUUCGAAGAGCAGAUGAAGAUUGUUAUGCCCCGGCUCCUCAUCUUUUUGGGCGGGGGCCCGGGCGAGGGAGACAUCGAGGACAUCAAGGAAUUUAUAUCGAUGCACGAAGGGACCCCGUUUGGCGACUACUGCUUUGACGUCGUCAACGGCAGCAGUGUAUGUCCCAUCAGUCAAUGGAAGGUCGUGGCUCCGCCAACACCCUACAUGGAACCGCAGUUUGUGGAUCUAGUGUCGAGGAUGACCUGUAUGACGCCCUCGCGGAGGAUUACGGCUCGCGAGGCUUUGCAGCACCCUUGGUUUGCGGAUUAGGAGAUGGAUGUAAAACUUGUUUUCUAUCUAGCUAUCUGCUGAACACCGGAAUACUGCGCUUUCGAUAAAUAAAUUUAGGGAAUGAAUCGAAUUACGUCUCCUUCCUUGGGCUCGGCAAUAAAACCCUCCGGAAGCUGCCCGUUGGGUGCCACCUGGUGCUCCUCUCCCCAUUUACGUACAGCUUCAUAGUCCUUGCAUUUAUGAAGCGUAUUGA